GGUUGUGAUGAGUCCUUUGCUGUAGUCACAUGGAGGGUAGUGAUGUCAUCAGGUUGCAGGUCCCUCUAAACACAUGGCACGUUGUGACCCUCCUUCAGAGAAAAGACACGCCCACUUGCUGGCACAAGGCUUUGAACCUAUAGUAUAUAUACGGUAUAUACAUGACUCUGACCCUCGCUCUCCUGGGUACAUAUACGGUAUAUACAUGUAUCCGCCCCUCGCUCUCCUGGGUAUAUACAUGUAUCCGCCCCUCGCUCUCCUGGGUAUAUACAUGUAUCCGCCCCUCGCUCUCCUGGGUAUAUACAUGUAUCCGCCCCUCGCUCUCCUGGGUAUAUACAUGUAUCCGCCCCUCGCUCUCCUGGGUAUAUACAUGUAUCCGCCCCUCGCUCUCCUGGGUAUAUACAUGUAUCCGCCCCUCGCUCUCCUGGGUAUAUACAUGUAUCCGCCCCUCGCUCUCCUGGGUAUAUACAUGUAUCCGCCCCUCUCUCUCCUGGGUAUAUACAUGUAUCCGCCCCUCUCUCUCCUGGGUAUAUACAUGUAUCCGCCCCUCUCUCUCCUGGGUAUAUACAUGUAUCCGCCCCUCUCUCUCCUGGGUAUAUACAUGUAUCCACCCCUCUCUCUCCUGGGUAUAUACAUGUAUCCGCCCCUCGCUCUCCUGGGUAUAUACAUGUAUCCGCCCCUCGCUCUCCUGGGUAUAUACAUGUAUCCGCCCCUCGCUCUCCUGGGUAUAUACACAUGUAUCCGCCCCGCUCUCCUGGGUAUAUACACAUGUAUCCGCCCCUCGCUCUCCUGGGUAUAUACACAUGUAUCCGCCCCUCGCUCUCCUGGGUAUAUACACAUGUAUCCGCCCCUCGCUCUCCUGGGUAUAUACACAUGUAUCCGCCCCUCGCUCUCCUGGGUAUAUACACAUGUAUCCGCCCCUCGCUCUCCUGGGUAUAUACACAUGUAUCCGCCCCUCGCUCUCCUGGGUAUAUACACAGUCCAUGCAGUGAACAUCCUUUGUUUAUUUCAGCCAUUAUCUGCCCCCUAUAGUCCUGCGCCCCCUCCCAGUGCCCCACAUCCCACCCUUCAGGCCUCGCUCUGGUCUCACUGCCCCCCCCAUCCUCAGUAGGGCCGGGUUGGGGUACUCGGGUUCCUCUAUGGCUCUCUCCCCAAACUUCAUCUUCAGCAGCUCCACGUGGCGAUUUGGGGCUUGAACUAAAGCCCCGGCGAACGGCAGCAUCUGCAGGGGCCGGAGGAAGCGCUCUGGGAACUCAAUGUCCUGCGGGUGACCAGUCCAGGAGUCCCGGGUCAUCAGCCCAUCCCGGGGGUAGAAGGGCCACAGGUCCACAUGGAGGUGGUUGGUCUGACUGUACUGCACCCUGAAGAAGUCGCCCUCCACGGCCCGCUCCCACACAAAGCCCUCCUCAUCUA